UAUUAGUGAUUUACCGACUCCUUCAUACUUAGUGUUCAGGAAAAUUUAUUCAUGUAAUACUUCUUCAACCAAAGAGGAAAUACCAAUUAGAGCUUUGUAAGUUUCUUUUCCACUUCCUAUUUUGGCUAUCAAGCUAUAGCACCACCCAGCUCAGGCCACCCACCCACCUUCGGUCCUGAGGCCUGGUUGCUCUCUGCCGGCUUCGCCCUGACCUGUUUCUGACCUGUGUUCCCUCCGCUGUGCCAGAACAGGCCCCAUGCUGCUCUGGACGGCUGUGCUGCUCUUUGUUCCCUGUGUUGGGAAAACUGUCUGGCUGUACCUCCAAGCCUGGCCAAACCCUGUGUUUGAAGGAGAUGCCCUGACUCUGCGAUGUCAGGGAUGGAAGAAUACACCACUGUCUCAGGUGAAGUUCUACAGAGAUGGAAAAUUCCUUCAUUUCUCUAAGGAAAACCAGACUCUGUCCAUGGGAGCAGCAACAGUGCAGAGCCGUGGCCAGUACAGCUGCUCUGGGCAGGUGAUGUAUAUUCCACAGACAUUCACACAAACUUCAGAGACAGCUAUGGUUCAAGUCCAAGAGCUGUUCCCACCUCCUGUGCUGAGUGCCAUCCCCUCUCCUGAGCCCCGAGAGGGUAGCCUGGUGACCCUGAGAUGUCAGACAAAGCUGCACCCCCAGAGGUCAGCCUUGAGGCUCCUUUUCUCCUUCCACAAGGACGGCCACACCUUGCAGGACAGGGGCCCUCACCCAGAAUUCUGCAUCCCGGGAGCCAAGGAGGGAGACUCUGGGCUUUACUGGUGUGAGGUGGCCCCCGAGGGUGGCCAGGUCCAGAAGCAGAGCCCCCAGCUGGAGGUCAGAGUGCAGGCUCCUGUGUCCCGUCCUGUGCUCACUCUGCACCACGGGCCUGCUGACCCUGCUGUGGGGGACAUGGUGCAGCUCCUCUGUGAGGCACAGAGGGGCUCCCCUCCGAUCCUGUAUUACUUCUACCUUGAUGAGAAGAUUGUGGAGAACCACUCAGCUCCCUGUGGUGGAACCACCUCCCUCCUCUUCCCAGUGAAGUCAGAACAGGAUGCUGGGAACUACUCCUGCGAGGCUGAGAACAGUGUCUCCAGAGAGAGGAGUGAGCCCAAGAAGCUGUCUCUGAAGGGUUCUCAAGUCUUGUCCACUCCCGCCAGCAGCAACUGGCUGGUUCCUUGGCUGCCUGCGAGCCUGCUUGGCCUGAUGGUUAUUGCUGCUGCACUUCUGGUUUAUUUGAGAUCCUGGAGAAAAGCUGUGCAUCACCAGAAAGGGAAAGAUGAAGGUGUUGUCUACUCUGUGGUGCAUAGAACCUCAAAGAGGAGUGAAGCCAGGUCUGCUGAGUUCACCGUGGGGAGAAAGGACAGUUCUAUCAUCUGUGCAGAGGUGAGAUGCCUGCAGCCCAGUGAGGUUUCAUCCAAGGAGGUGAAUAUGAGAAGCAGGACUCUCCAAGAACCCCUUGGCGACUGUGAGGAGGUUCUCUGCUAGUGAUGGUGUUCUCCUAUCAACACACGCCCACCCCCAGUCUCCAGUGCUCCUCAGGAAGACAGUGGGCUCCUCAACUCUUUCUGUGGGUCCUUCAGUUCCCAAGCCCAGCAUCACAGAGCCCCCUGAGCCCUUGUCCUGGUCAGGAGCACCUGAACCCUGGGUUCUCUUCUUAGCAGAAGACCAACCAAUGGAAUGGGAAGGGAGAUGCUCCCACCAACACACACACUUAGGUUCAAUCAGUGACACUGGACACAUAAGCCACAGAUGUUUUCUUUCCAUACAAGCAUGUUAGUUCCCCCCAAUAUAUAUAUAUAUAUAUGAAAUAGUCACGUGCCGCAUAACAACAUUUCAGUCAGUGAUAGACUGCAUACACAACAGUGGUCCCAUAAGACUGUAAUGGAGUUUAAAAAUUCCUACUGCCUAGUGAUAUCAUAGUUGCCUGAACAUCAUAACACGACACAUUUCUCACGCGUUUGUGGUCAUGCUGGUACAAACAAGCUACAGCGCUGCUAGUCAUAUACAAAUAUAGCACAUACAAUUAUGUACAGUACACUAUACUUGAUAAUGAUAAUAAACAACUAUGUUACUGGUUUAUGUCUUUACUAUAACUUUUUCUUUUUGAGACGGAGUUUUGCUCUGUCGCCCAGUCUGGAGUGCAAUGGCACAAUCUCGGCUCACUGUAACCUCUGCCUCCCGAGUUCAAGCGAUUCUCUUGCUUCAGUGUCCUGAGUAGCUGGGACUACAGGCGUGCACCACCACGCCCGGCUAAUUUUUGUAUUUAUUAGUAGAGAUGGGGUUUCACCAUGUUGGCCAGACUGGUCUCGAACUCCUGACCUCAAGUGAUCCACCCGCCUCGGCCUCCCAAAGUGGUGGGAUUACAGGUGUGAGCCACCGCACCCAGCCCUGUAUUUACUGUAACUUUUUAUUGUUAUUUUGGAAUAUAUUCCUUCUACUUAUUUUUUUUAAGUUAACUAUAAAACAGCCUCAAGCAGGUCCUUCAGGAAGUAUCCAGAAGGAGCCCUUGUUAUGAUAGGAGAUGACAGCUCCAUGUGUGUUAUUGCCUCUGAAGACUUUCCAGUGGGACAAGAUGAGGUGGUGGAAGACAGUGAUAUUGAUGAUCCUGACCCUGUGUAGACCUAGGCUAAUGUGUGUGUUUAUUUAUGUCUUAGUUUUU